UAUAUCUCCUUUUUUAGAGUUAUCUGACCUUGUUGUACUGACAAGGUUGAUAUCUGUGAUUUGCAAGAAUUGAGAAUGAUCGCAUGCUCUAACGUCUGUCCGAGCAUGUCAAAAUGGUCGCGUUUCGUUGUGGAAGCUAGAAUGAGCUCAUAUCUUGCGUGUAGCUUUAUACUAGUGGUAGUGACGUUGUUUCCUGGAGUUGUGCAUGGUCAACUAAACCCCUUGCAUGUAAGGGGGUUCAGCGGAUCUCUCUUCGAUCGGAUUGCGACGCAUCUUUCUCCAAACCUUGGCGUCGAUCCACAGAUCUUCGGAAUCAAGACAUCGACUACACCGAAUCCAUUGAUCCAGCUUUUGGCGAACGUGAGGUUGAAUCAAAAUGGAGGAUUCAACCCCAGUGUUCAGACGAAUCGGAUUACGCAAAGCGAACUGGAAAAGCGACAACAGCUGAGUAAUUUGAUCAUCAGCUUCCAAAGAGAGCAGGAGCUGUUGCAAAAUAAUCCUCAGGCUAUGCUCAGAACUCAAAUUCAGCAGCUAUUGUCACAAACUGCGAACAUGAACAAUGGCCAAAGUCAAAAUGACCCGGCGGCACGUUUGCUUCCCUACUUCACCUUUCUUAACAACGCAGCGAGAAAUCCGGCUGUGGCUGAGGUGCUCAGGAAGCAACUGUUGCAACGCAGUUUCACCACGACGACGACGACGACUCCAAAGCCUCAGCUGGUUGAUUUGAGCCAACUUCGGUUUCUUUUGCAAAAUGCCCCCGGGAAUCCUGAGUUGUUGCAGCAAUUCUUGGCAAUCGCUGCCCAGCGACAAGGGAUAUCUUUUCCUGGAAUACCGUCGACGGAGCCAACUACCACUACGACUACUACUACCACCCCUGUGCCAACAACAACAACGGAAAUGACGACAACAACGACCACCACGACCACACCAGCUCCGUCGCUGUUGGUACAAACCCUUGGUGGAAACGUAAACAAUGCCGUUUUCACUGAGUUCCUGAAGUUUUUGACGUCGAAGCGAGGUAGCAGUGUUCAAAAUCUUCCGAUCGCGACUCUUGCUCCAUCGUCAACGACGUCUACCACGGUGCCACCGGAGCCUGUGACUACGACUACUCUUCGCCCCACGAUAUCUAUUCCGCAGCCCACUGAACCGGAUGCGGAACGAUUUUUGCUGAAACAAGUGCUGAGCAAGGUGCUGAGUUCUCUAAGAGAAGAGAAACCGACGCUUCCCCCGACAAUUAUUACUACGGAAUCGGUGCCUUUGACUACAAGUCGUCCGGUUACCGAACCAAUUGCUGUCGUCACAUCACCCAUAUCGACAACCACGUCGGAUCCCGAGAACUUGUUCAAGCAACUUCUCGCAUUAUCCGGAAUAACCGAAUCGGUCAACGGGAAAAUUGUUGAACCUCUUCCGAUUGCAACGCGGGUUGCUGACACCACUCUUCCGGUAAAGGUUACAUCUCCCACAUCUGCUGUGACCACCGGGAUUCCUAGCGAUGCGACGACCUUGCAGGAGCAGGCUCAGUUUUGGAACAGGGAAUUUCGCGAGUUGCAGAAGAUGCAACAACGGAUGCAACACGAGCAGUUACUGAAGCAGUUUGACGCGCAAAGGCAGCAGCUUUUUGGUGUUCAGACGACGACUCAGUUGCCAUCAUCCUGGACGGAGACCAACUUGCCGAUUGUCACUGAGACGCCCUUUCUGACGACGACAAGCCGGAAUUUCGAUACGACGCAGGUUACGUCCGUGGGUAAUGAACAAGGAUUCCAGGUCCAGGCAACGAAUGCGGUGCAAGACACACCUGAAGUUGCUGCAGCAAAAGAAGCUCAUUUCCGAGAAGUCGCAAAAGUCCGAGCAGAUCAAGCCAGACGACAAGCAUUGAAGGAGCUGAUACUUGCAACAACUGGAGCUAAGCCCUAAUCAGAUCAUUGAGACUAUGCGUGUACUAAAACCAAAAACUUUUUUUUUUAAAGGCAAUUACAUUUUUGAAACUAAUUUUAUGGUGCUAUCCAAGAAUCAAAAGAUGAAUCUGUGAGCUGCGGCAUUCAGGUUGUGAUGCUCGGUGCUAAAUCAGAAUCGUGUGACAUAUCGCUCAACAUAUCUUAAUACGGAAUUUUUGAUAGGCAUUUAUUUUGAAUUUUGUGAAACUUGAGAAUACUUUCUCAAAUUCUGUGUGCCAUUGAAAUCCGAGUGACAAUGAUGAACAAGCUUGUACCUGGAUUUUUGCGAAAUAUAAUUCAUAAAUUUGCAAUCAAAUACUUGAUUAGAGAA